UCGGUUCCCUACAUCGCCUUCUUCUUUCUUAGUUUCGCCAUUUUCGUUUUUCUGAGCUCGUAUUCGCCAUAACUGAAAGCUAAAGAUAUUUGCAGAAUUUAAAGAAGGGAAAAGGGUUUGUUUAUUUAUCUUAAGAGAGGAAAAUUGGAGACUGGAAUCAUGGGUAGUGUGGAGCUUAUUAACUUUGAAGAGACGGAAUUACGCUUGGGUCUUCCCGGCGGGAAGGGAACUGGUGAAGUCGCCGGAGGAGUGCCGGAGAUGGUCAAGAACAACGGGAAUAAGAGAGGGUUCUCUGAAACUGUUGAUUUGAAGCUUAAUCUUUCGUCUAAAGAUUCUGGGUUGUUGGAUCAAGUUGAUAGUAAGAAAGAAAAGGUUACUACUGUUGCUACAGCUGCUGAUGCUGCUUCUCCUUCUACUGAAUCUUCUAAGCCUCCCGCCAAGACACAGGUUGUGGGUUGGCCACCCGUGAGAUCGUUCAGAAAGAACAUCGUUUCAGCACAAAAGAACAGCACAGAGGAAUCUUCAAAGGCAGGCACAGGCAACAGUGCAGCAUUUGUAAAAGUUAGCAUGGAUGGUGCACCCUACUUACGUAAAGUGGACCUCAAAUUGUACCAAAGUUACCAAGAACUUUCUGAUGCUUUAGGCAAAAUGUUCAGCUCUUUCACCAUUGGUAACUGUGGCUCACAAGGAAUGAAGGAUUUCAUGAACGAGAGCAAAUUGAUAGAUCUUUUAAAUGGUUCUGAGUAUGUACCAACCUAUGAGGACAAAGAUGGAGACUGGAUGCUUGUUGGUGAUGUUCCAUGGGAAAUGUUUGUUGACUCAUGCAAACGAUUGAGGAUAAUGAAGGGAUCUGAGGCCAUCGGACUUGCACCAAGAGCAGUGGAGAAGUGCAAGAACAGAGCUUGAAGCCAUUUUUCACGUUGAACUCAAUCAAAUCAUCAGUCCAACACGAUCAAAUGGAAUCAAACCGGCUCGAAAGGGAUCGAGCACGGAGUUUGAAUGUGUCUUAAUUGUACCAUGUUUUUUUUUUUUGAAGCAUAAUAUGUUCAAAUUAUAUGAGAGAAAUGUUUCGGAAGUUUCUUAGAGACAAGGAGUAAUAAUAUAGAAGAUGUUCAUAUUACCUUGCUCUUGAUCAUGUGUAAUUCUCUUCUUCUUUCUUCUUCUUUUUAUUUUUUUGGUAUGGAUUUGUCUAAUAAUAAUUGUCAAUGUGUUAGUUGUCAUUGGGUGCUUUUUGUUCCCCAUAAAUUCUUUUAUAUGGUAUGUAUUAUUUUAUGUGGUGUAUAUUAUAUGGGUGAGAUUCUUUGUA